GUUGAAUAAUCAAAACACACGAUGCUGAAGUGGCUAAACUUGUCACGGGCACGGCCUCUUCAGGUGGUACGAUGGUACACGGACGUUUCUAGCCCAGCGGCCGCGCAACAACAACCAGAAGUUUCCGCUGCGACUGCCGGUACACCCGAUAAGCUGUACAGCCGGCUCGAGCUACAAAUGAAGGGAAUCGAUCCGGAGGUCAUGAAAAGCUACGCCACCUUUGCAAAAACGGCUGCAGAACAUUUGGACAUCGAAGUUGGCAAACACUGGGCACUUCGGAAAGCGGUGAAAGAUCGGUUAACGCUCCUAAAGUCGGUGCACAUUUAUAAGAAACAUCGCGUGCAGUAUGAGGUCCGUAAUUACUAUCGAUUUAUGCACUUUCACAAACUGACCGGCUCGACGCUGGACACUUUCCUUGAGUACAUCGAACGGAAUCUGCCGGAAGGUAUAGCGCUCAAGGUGACGAAGGUUGAGCUUCAAGAGCUACCGGAGCAUUUACGGAAGUAGAGCGUACGCAGAAGGUAGAAUAAAUUAGUUUGUACCAGUUAA